GGUGUCUAGACAUUAGAGAGCGACCGGUACAUAUGUGUGCGGGAAAAGAGCGACGAAGCUUCGGCCCAGGUUGUGAUUAUUGACCUUCACAAUGGCAACAAUGUCACGCGGCGAACCAUCAAGGCCGACAGUGCCAUCAUGCACUGGACCAAAAACAUCAUAGCUCUCAAGGCCCAGCGCACACUUCAGAUCUUCGACCUGGAUGCUAAGGGAAAGCUGAAGUCCCACGCGAUGGAUGCCGAUGUCGUGUUCUGGAAGUGGAUCAGCGAGAAAGCGAUUGGUCUCAUCACCGAUACGAGUGUCUACCAUUGGGAUAUCCUGGACCCCUCACAGAAUGCUCCGGUCAAGAUGUUUGAUAGGCACAUGAACCUUCAGGGCAGUCAAAUCAUCAAUUACCGUGUCAACUCCGACGAGAAAUGGAUGGUGGUUGUCGGGAUAUCUUCGCAGCAGGGACGAGUCGUCGGCAGCAUGCAGCUCUAUUCGAAGGAUCGGGGCAUCAGUCAGGCUAUCGAGGGUCACGCCGCGGCAUUCGCCGAACUUCGCAUGGAGGGGGCCCCGAGCCCGACGAAGCUAUUCACAUUCUCGGUGCGCACGCCACAGGGGGCAAAGCUGCACGUCGUAGAGGUGGAUCAUGUCGCCGGAAACCCCACCUUCCAGAAGAAGGCCGUGGACGUCUAUUUCCCGGCGGAGGCGGUCAACGACUUUCCCGUUGCGAUGCAAGUCUCCCAGAGAUUUUCAAUAAUCUACCUUGUCACGAAAUACGGCUUCAUCCACCUUUACGAUCUGGAGACCGGAACCUGCAUCUUCAUGAACAGAAUCUCGAGUGAAACAAUCUUUACCACCACAACACAUGACGCCACAUCCGGCAUAAUCGCGGUCAACAGAAAGGGUCAGGUUCUGUCGGUCAGCGUGGACGAGAACCAGAUCAUCCCAUACCUCCUUCAGAAUCCUGCCAACUCACAGCUGGCCAUCAAUCUUGCUUCGCGUGCUGGACUUGCCGGUGCCGACGAUCUCUACACACAGCAGUUCAACCAAUUAAUGUCGCAGAACAACUAUGUGGAAGCUGCCAAGGUUGCCGCAAACUCUCCCCGUGGUUUCCUGCGGACGCCACAGACCAUCGAGAAGUUCAAGGCCGUCCCUGCACCCCCGGGGCAGCUGUCCGUCAUCCUUCAGUACUUUGGAAUGUUGCUCGAUAAGACAACACUCAACAAGCAUGAGACGAUCGAGUUGGUCAGGCCGGUAUUGGCCCAGAACAGGAUGUACCUUCUGGAGAAGUGGGUGAAGGAGAACAAGCUCGAGUGCACCGAGGAGCUCGGAGACAUCGUGCGUCCUCACGACAUCAACCUGGCCUUGAGCGUGUACCUGCGGGCAAACGCCUCGCAAAAGGUCGUUGCGUCUUUCGCGGAGACCGGCCAGUUCGACAAGAUCCUGCCAUACGCCCAGAAGGUUGGAUAUAACCCGGACUACACGGCUCUUUUGACGCACAUUGUCCGGAUCAACCCCGAGAAAGGAGCCGAGUUCGCUACCCAGCUUGCUGGCCACGAGGGCGGCGCUCUGAUCGAUAUCGACCGCGUUGUAGAUGUCUUCCUCUCGCAGAGCAUGAUCCAGCAGGCUACUGCGUUCCUGCUUACUGCUUUGGAGGGCAAUAAGCCUGAGCAAGGAGCGCAGCAGACUCGUCUGCUCGAGAUGAACCUCCUCAAUGCCCCGCAGGUUGCUGCUGCGAUUCUGAGCAACAACAUGUUCUCGUACUAUGAUAAGGCAAAGGUCGCGCAGUUGUGCGAGAAUGCCGGUUUGUUCCAGCAGGCUCUCGAGCAUUACGAGGAUCCUGCGGCCAUCAAGCGGGUUCUGUGCAAUAAUGCGGCUGCCUUGAACGCCGAUUUCGUAGUUCAGUACUUCGGACGCAUGUCGGUCGAGGACUCUCUGGAAUGCCUCCGGGAAAUGCUGCGCGUCAACAUCCGGGCGAACCUUCAGAUUGUCAUCCAGAUCGCCACCAAGUACUCGGAUCUUCUGGGACCCCACCGUCUCAUUGAGCUUUUCGAGCAGUUCAAGACUUUCGAGGGAUUGUACUACUACUUGGGAACCGUUGUCAACCUAACGGAGGAUGGCGAUGUAGUGUUUAAAUACCUCCAGGCUGCCACCCGGAUGGGCCAGAUGACCGAAGUGGAGCGCAUCUGCCGUGACAACAACCACUACAACCCCGAAAAGGUUAAGAACUUCCUCAAGGAGGCUCAGUUGACCGAACAGCUUCCUUUGAUCGUUGUGUGCGACCGGUUCAACUUCAUCCAUGAUCUGGUCCUCUACCUCUACCGUAACCAACAGUUCAAGUCCAUUGAGGUCUAUGUCCAGCGCGUCAACCCGAGCCGGACGCCCGCCGUUGUUGGAGGACUGUUGGAUGUGGAUUGCGAAGAGUCCAUCAUCAAGGGCCUGUUGAAGUCGGUUCCGGCUGCUGCUGUUCCUGUUGACGAGCUCGUGGCCGAGGUAGAAAAGAGGAACCGGCUCAAGAUGCUCCUGCCUUUCCUCGAGGACAUGCUUAACGCCGGCAACGAGCAGCCUGCGGUUUACAACGCUUUGGCCAAGAUCUACAUCGACAGCAACAAUAAUCCCGAGAAAUUUCUGAAGGAGAAUGACAAGUACGACUCUGCUAUCGUCGGAAAAUACUGCGAGAAGAGAGAUCCUUACCUGGCUUUCAUCGCCUACCAGAAGGGCCAGAACGACCUCGAGCUGGUUAAGAUCACCAAUGAGAACUCGAUGUUCAAGCACCAGGCCAGGUAUCUCGUUGCGAGACGUGAUCCCGAGCUGUGGAACUUCGUCCUCAGCCCGAACAACUUGCAUCGCCGUCCCCUUGUUGACCAGGUUGUUGCCACUGCCGUUCCGGAGUCGACCGAUCCCGAAGACGUCUCGACCGCGGUACAGUCGUUCUUGCAGAAUGAUCUGCCUACGGAGCUCAUUGAGCUACUGGAGAAGAUCAUACUCGAGGCUUCCCCGUUCAGCGAAAACAACAACUUGCAGAACCUGCUGAUUCUCACCGCUGUCCGCGCCGACAAGGCUCGCGUGAUGGACUACAUCAACCGCCUGACGAACUAUGACGGUCCCGAUAUCGCUAACAUCUGUAUCGAGAACGGUCUGUUCGAGGAAGCACUUGAGGUGUACAAGAAGAGCGAUGCACACGCUGAGGCGAUUAAUGUUCUCAUCGAGCACAUCGUCAGCAUCGACCGCGCAUACGCCUAUGCUGAUCGUGUUGACCUGCCGGAGGUAUGGAGCCGCCUGGGUAAGGCCCAAAUCGAUGGCCUUCGCAUUUCCGAUGGUAUCGAGUCGUACAUUCGGGCCGGCGACCCAAGCAACUACGCCGAGGUCAUCGAGAUGUCUAGUCGUGCCGGAAAGUUCGAGGACCUUAUUAAGUACCUUCAGAUGUGCCGCAAGACGCUACGGGAGCCACCGAUUGACAGCAGUAUGGCUUUGUGCCUGGCUCGUGUCGAGAAGCUUCACGAGUUGGAGGACUUCUUGAACGCAGCCAAUGUCGCCAACAUCGAGGAGUGCGGAGACGCGGCGUACGAAGAGGGCCUUCACCAGGCUGCCAAGAUCUUUUACACCAGCAUCUCCAACUGGGCUAAGCUCGCGACGACCCUGGUGUUCUUGGAAGAGUACCAGAAUGCCGUUGAGUGCGCCCGCAAGGCCAACAGCACCAAGGUCUGGAAGCAGGUUCAUGAGGCCUGUGUUCACAAGAAGGAGUUCCGCCUUGCUCAGAUCUGUGGUCUGAACCUGAUCGUUCACGCCGAGGAGUUGCAGGAGAUUGUCAAGCAGUACGAGCGCAACGGUUACUUCGACGAGCUCAUCCACUUGCUUGAGAAUGGUCUCGGUCUCGAGAGGGCGCACAUGGGCAUGUUCACCGAGCUCGGAAUCGCACUCACCAAGUAUCACCCCGAGCGUGUCAUGGAGCAUCUCAAGCUAUUCUGGGGCCGCAUCAACAUCCCCAAGAUGAUCCGUGCAUGCGAGCAAGCACACCUGUGGCCAGAGCUUAUCUUCUUGUAUUGCCACUACGACGAGUGGGACAAUGCUGCGUUGGCCAUGAUGGAGCGGGCCGCGGAUGCCUGGGAGCACCAGUCCUUCAAGGAUAUUGUCGUCAAGGUUGCGAACUUGGAGAUCUACUACCGGGCGCUCAACUUCUACCUACAGGAGCAGCCUUCGCUUAUGACGGACUUGUUGACGGUGCUCACGCCCCGCGUCGAUGUCGCCAGGGUGGUUCGCAUGUUCGAGAAGUCGGAUAACAUUCCGUUGAUAAAGCCCUUCUUGCUCAACGUGCAGCCGCAGAACAACAAGGUCGUCAACAGUGCCAUCAACGAUCUGCUGAUCGAGGAGGAGGACUACAAGACUCUGCGUGACUCGGUUGAGAACUACGACAACUACGAUCCCGUUGAGCUCGCCCAGAGACUGGAGAAGCACGAUCUUGUCUUCUUCCGGCAGGUUGCAGCAAACAUCUACCGAAAGCACAAACGCUGGAGCCAAUCGAUUUCUCUGUCGAAACAAGACAAGCUUUUCAAGGAUGCGAUCGAAACUGCUGCCGUGUCGGGCCGCGAGGAGGUUGUCGACGACCUCCUGCGAUACUUCGUCGAUAUCGGAAAUCGGGAAUGCUACGCGGCGAUGCUCUACGCCUGUUACGAUCUGAUCCCCGUGCACACGGUCAUGGAGAUUUCAUGGCGGUACGGCCUUACCGAUUACGCCAUGCCUUUCAUGAUCAAUGUCAUGCGCGAGCAGUCGACGAAGAUCAUCACGCUCGAAAAGGAUAACGAGGAACGCAAGGCUCGCGAAGCAUCCCAACAGAAGAUUGAGGACGACACGCCGAUCUUGGGUAAGGGAACACUCAUGAUCACUGCCGCUCCCGGUGGCGUUGGUCAGCCUUAUGGAAAUGGCAUUGCCCCCCAGGCUACUGGAUUCAUGGGGUUCUAAUCGGGCGGAUCGAGCGAGGGAUGGCUUGAGAUUUGGAAAUUCCGUUUGUUUUUUUUUCUUUCUUUUCGAGCGGAAGGGUUAAAAGGGGGAAUUAGUCCAGGUGGGGUGGUGGGUUCUUAGCUUUUUUUCUUUUCUUCCUUUUUUUCUUUCUUUGCGGGGUGUUGUCUUUUAGUUUCGUACCUAAGUACUUUGUCAUUUCAAACUCAUGUCCAUUCGAUUCGCGGGUCUGCUGUA